GGGACUCCAUCAUUUAGAGAAGUGACCAGUUCCUGGUUUACCAGUGAAGAAGAAAGAGAGGCAGCGUUAAACCAUCAGAUCCUCCAACAUGAACGUGGGUCAGUCUCUGAUCUGCUUCUUCUUCCUCACACUGCAGGAUGGAAACAUCGGUCUCAUCAAUGCAGAAAUCAUCAAGAGAACAGGAACUGAAGGAGGAGACAUCACAGUUAGAUGCUUCUUUACUUUCCCUGGACAUAGGAAAAUCUUCUGUAAGGGUGAAUGUAAAGAAGGAGACAUUCUCAUUGAGACAGAAAAGGACACAGCUCAGAGAGGCAGAUACAGCAUCAGAUAUAAAGAAGGAUUAUUUCCAUUACAUAACACAGUUCUGUAUGUGAGCAUCAGAAACCUGACUCAGUCAGACUCAGGGCGGUACAGAUGUGGUUUGGACCGAUCUUUCUUAUUCCCACCAUCAUACCAGGAGAUUGAGCUCCGAGUUCCAGAGGCUCCAACCUCUCCUCCCAGACCUUCUCCACCAUCAGUCCCAUCAUCCUCCACACCUUCAUCAUCCUCCCUGAAGCCAGCGUGCCUCAAGAGAACACCCAACUUCACCCAGAGAGCUCUGCUGUAUGUGGUUCUGCCUCUGGUCCUACUGGUCCUCAUAUUAUCAGCAGCUUUGCUGAUUUUCUGCAGGAAGAGAGUCAGGAAAACCAAAGAACCUCCUGUAGAAACUGAGUACUCUCAUGUUACAAAGGCCAACCCAGUGUAUGAGGAGAUCAGAGAGGACAGACAGAGCACAUCUCCUCCUGUAGAAGUGUCCACAGUUUACACUUACGCCAAAUACACCAAACCAGAUGGAGUAGAGACCACCGAGGACUACAGCUUAGUCACUGCACCCACUUCUCAGAUGAAAACUGAAGACGAGCUCACCUACUCUGAGCUGGAUGUCCCCAGCGGUCCAGCUGCCUCGCUGCACAGCGCCCCCUGUGGUGACGCAGAUACCGUGGUCUACUCUGUUCCUCGGGUAGAAGCCAGCUGGGCCGGCAGCCCCCCCCCAGACGCUCCACCUCCACUGUACUCUACUGUUACUCUACAUCAGGUGUAGCUUCAACGCUGUCAGCUACAUGGACUCUCUCAGGGGCCCCCAGGGGCCACACGGGGCUUUCAAUGAGUCACAUUCACUCAAAGAAAUCUGGUUUUAUGAUUUGUUGGGGGAAGCUGUCAGUUACAGCUCACAUUAUAUAUAUAUAUUUUUAAAGUUUA